GCAGGCAUAUGACAGAAGUACAUGUAGGAGAAAAACUUUUUAAAUGUGAUGUAUGUGAAAUGUCAUUUGUUUCCAAACAAUAUCUUACAAGACAUCAGACAGCACAUACAGAUGUAAAAACAUUUAAAUGUGGUAUUUGUGAUCAUGCAUUUAGAGAAAAGAAUGAUCUUCAGGUACAUAUGAGUGUACACACAGGUAAUAAACCAUUCAGAUGCAAUUUUUGUGGCAGUUCAUUCAGUCUUAAUAAAUAUCUUACAGAUCAUAAAAGAACACAUACUGGAGAGAAGCCUUUUAAAUGUGAUGUUUGUGACAAGUCAUUCAGUCAUAGAACUAAUCUUAAAAGACAUAAGAGGAUACAUACUGGAGAAAAACAAUUUAAAUGUAGUAUAUGUGAUAGUGUGUUUAGAGACAAGGGCUAUCUUACUAAACAUAAAAUAAUUCAUACAGGAGAAAUGCCGUUUAAAUGUAAUAUUUGUGAUGCAUCAUUUCGUUUUGAACCAAAUCUUGUAAGGCACAUGAGAAUCCAUACAGGAGAAAAGCCAUAUAAAUGUAAUAUUUGUGACUACUCAUUUAGUAUCAGCUCUAAUCUUACAAGGCAUUUAAAAACACAUGUACACGCAGCAAAGGGAGGCAAAUUUAAAUGUGAUUUAUGUGACCGUACAUUCCGAGCAAAGAGUUAUCUUAUAAAACAUGUAAGCGGGCAUUUAGAAUAAAUACCAUUUCAGCUGGAUUUAUGUCAAGGAAUAUUGAGGAAAAAAAAACACUUAGAAUUACUAUGAUAUUUCUUCCUGUUUUAUAUUCAGGAUAAAACAUUUCUUCACAGAUUUAAAGAUCCGUAUCAAUGCCAUAGAUUUGCAUCCAAUUUUUUGCAGUGAUUAAACCUCUAACAUUCUUGCAUUGUCCUUGUUUUACUAUCAAGAACUGUGGCCCUCAAUGUUUUCAAACUGUCAAGAACUGUGGCCCCUGUUUUCAAGCAAUCAAGAAUACAUGUGGCCAUUGUUUUCAAACUAUUUCAAGAACUGUGGCCCUUGUUUUCAAGCUAUCAAGAACUGUGGCCCUUGUUUUCAAGCUAU